GUUUUUCAAGAUCAUGUGACGGAUUCGUGCCACAACAUAACUUUAAUUGACAAUAAUUUAUUUAAUUGGAUGCAAUUCUGAACCACAAAUGUCAUUAGUUUCCUCUUCUAUGUUGUAAAAACAUGAUUUUUAGAUUUCCAAAAUGCCUGGCACCAGCCUGGUAGUUCCUGUCGUGCUCUGGGGAAAACAUGCCCCCACACAUUGUAUAUCCUGCAUUUAUUUUUCCAAGGACCUCAAGACCUUGGCUACUGGGUGUUAUGAUGGCCAGAUAUGUCUAUGGCAAGUUGACCCAGAUACUCUUCACAUGACCCCCAGAUGUCUUCUGGUGGGUCAUACUGCUCCAAUUCUGUGUAUAUCAAGGGCCUCUAUGGUACCUGAUAAUGACUAUAUUGUCUCCAGCUCAGAAGCUGGUGAGAUGUGCACUUGGGACCUUGUUGAUGGAAAAUGCAGGGAAGCAGUGAAACUCCAACAAGUUCAUACAAAUAUGCAAGCCUAUCACAUGUGCAACUGUGAGGAUCUUCGUCUGUUUUGCAAUGGAUAUUAUCCUGAGAUCAUAGUCAUGGAUCCUUUCAGCUUAGAAAUCCUCUUCAUGCUCUCAUCUAAACAGAACCCUGAUUGGAUAAGUGCCCUGCAUGUGUUGCGACCGGCGAAACGCAAAGACGACGUCGUGUUAGCCUUGACGACGACCGGCAUGGUGAAGGUGUGGACUUUGACAGGCGCCGAGCACCGCUACCAAUCGCCCAUCUACGAGAACGAGAGCAAGCAGAUCAGGACGCUGAACGCCGUCUGUCUGCAGUGCUGCUCCUACAACCAGAGGACGGUGUUGGUCGUGUGCACCAAGUACUGGCAGAUAUACGAUGCGGGUGAUUUUAGCGUGUUGUGCUCCUAUCUGGCUCCCAGAGGUGAAAGAUGGAUGUCCGGGGACUUUUUGGCCAUCGACAGAAUCAUCAUGUGGUCUGAUGCCGGAAAAGGUUACCUUUACAAGUUGCCGUCUAACAGGAUACGUGGCAAGAGUAUUAAUAAUAGCAGCAUACCAGACAGUGCAGAUUUCCACACACCCAGUAUAGCGAGCGACAGCCCGUUUUUGUACUGUCUGCUGAACCAACCAGACAGCAAGCCGCUGUCUUGCCCGCCGGCGAUGACCUUCAUAACGACCUCGCGCAACAGUCGGCAAACAAGAUCGCGGUACCUGUUGCGCGGCGACUCCGAGGGCUACGUACUGGCGUGGCGCAUCCCCGAGCUGUCGGCGGCGCAGCUGGACGAGAUCCAAAGGCAGAAGCUGCCGCAGCCGGCGACGAUGACGGCCACGCUGACCACCAGUCUGACGGAGGCGUGGGCGAGCAUGCGUCCUAGUCCGGUGGGGAUUCUGGAUCAGCUGGAGAAGCAAGAGGGACAGGCUAUCAAAUUAACGGCCAGUAUUUACCUGCCAGUACAAAGUAGACUGGUGGUAGGCAGAGAAGACGGUACUAUAAUAAUAGUGCAAGCCACACAGACCAUAAUGCUCCAGCUUUUACAUGGGAAUCACCAACAAUACAAUGGUUGGCCGCCGCACCAGAUCCUCUCAGGCCAUGGAGGCCGCGUGAACUGCCUGCUGUACCCGCACGGCGAGCACCGGCGCUACGACAAGCGCCAUCUGGUGUCGGGCGGCGUCGAUUUCGCCGUGUGCCUGUGGGAUCUGUACGCCGGCACGCUGUUGCACCGGUUCUGCGUACACGCCGGCGAGAUCACGCAGCUUAUGGUGCCUCCCAACAAGUGCAGCGCGAGAAUACAAAAAUGUGUUUGUUCCGUGGCCUCCGACCAUUCGGUAACUCUUCUGAGUCUGGCAGAAAGGAAAUGCGUGUGUCUAGCUUCUAGACAUCUUUUUCCCGUGACCACGAUAAAAUGGAGGCCUAACGAUGAUUUCAUGAUCAUCGGCUGUUCAGAUGGCACCGUCUACGUCUGGCAGAUGGAAACCGGGCAUUUAGAUAGAGUGCUGCAAGGUAUAGCAGCUGAAGAGGUGUUGUACGCUUGUGAGGAACAUGAAACUACGGAGAAUGCAACAACCGAAGUCGGUUUGGCAAAUCCAGCUGUACAUUUUUUCAGAGGUCUGAGGCAUAGAAAUUUAUCGGCUAUCAGACACGCAACACAAAGAGGUCUGCAUCAGCUGCAGAUGAUGGGAGCUCACACCAACAACGACGAUCCUCACAUGCAGAGAAACUACAACUCCCCCCUAUCCAUACAAGGCCUAAGAACAAAUCCCAAAGAUCCGGAAAGUCACAUUCUGUUUUUCGACAUAGAGUCUUUGAUAGUAGAGCUGUUGAGUGAAGAGUACGACAUGAUGUCCCCCGGUAGUUUGGAGGCCGCCGGUCUCAUUUCCCAGUCUGAAUACCUCAAAGUAGCUGCCUUAACACAAAGUGCCAGUCCCGAUGUGAACAAAAAAAUCGUCGGUAUUUUGGCAAAAAUGAAAGAGAGUGCAGAAACUGCUAUAGCAAAGGCAGAAAGUGUGUUGAAACAGGGCGGAGAUCAAACCAGAGAUGGUAUGGAGGGCAGCAGUAGAAACAACAAACCCAAUAAUCUGAGCCCUCUGGAAACUAGUCAUGGAAUGGAAAUCGCACAAUUGUUGCUGUCUCUGUUGCAUUCUUGGGGCUUGGACAACGACCUCGACAGGGUGUGCCAAGUCAAAUUGGGAUUACUCAGGCCUAUGGUUCCAGUGUCUUUUGGCGUCCUUUCUAAAGCCAAUCACAUGUCUCUCUUCCUGCCGACAUGGCACAACACUAUUCCAGUAGACGACGAACCCCUGCCUGCAGACUUGUCUCUCACCAAUAGCCUUCCUGCGGAGUUGGUGCGACAAGAACAGGUCACCAGGAUAUUCUCCUCUCACGCCCACUGGGAGUUGAGUACGACGUUGACUAGCAACCACCUGUUGGCGAUCAUCGCGUUGAGUCACACGCUGAUGUCGAUGAGCAACGCGACGUUCGUGCCGGAGCAGGAGCGAAACAGGAAGCUGCACCGACAGUCGACGCGUUCGAAUUGGAGCAAGGAGCAGGACGAGGAGCACGAGGAGAUGUACAACCAGCAGCAGGCGCAGAUUAAGCAGGGAUGGUCGCUGCUAGCGACGCUGCACUGUGUCUUGCUCCCAGACAAGGUCAUGGAACAUGGUGGAAAGCAUUUCAAAAGACCACAGGUUGAGAUGAUGGUGAAGAGGUGGCAGCACCACUGUGUGGAGGUUAGGGAGGCUGCACAGACCCUCCUUUUGGCAGAAUUGUCAAGGAUGGGUCCUAGAGGUAGGAAACAACUAGUAGAGGGUUGGUCUCAGUAUUUGCCGCAAUUCACCCACAUAGAAACCAUCAAUCAGCAAGUCAACUCGUCCGCCACACAGAAUCAUACUAAUGGCAACUCUCCAAAUACUCCUGAUCCAGUGGAUGAAGAAUUUGAGGAGGAAGAAGAGGAACAAAUAAGAAAACCUUCCAGCCUGUCGGAAUUGAAAAAGAAACAGUCGACUGCGGUGAUAAUAUUGGGCGUUAUAGGAGCCGAAUUCGGUCAAGAUAUCACUGGGGCCGACAACAAUAAAAAAAGAACAAGCGAAGAGAGAAGAAAAAGUUCUGUUGUUGAAGGUUUCGGUCCGGGCAACAAUAAUUUAGCAAGACUGACUUCGAUGGCGCUGUCUCAUUUGCUUUUAGCGCCCUCCAACCCCAAAUUGCCGGCACACAUUCCAUUGCGUAGGGCCGCCAUAGAUUUGAUUGGUAGAGGCUUCACUGUGUGGGCCCCCUUCCUAGAUAUUAGCAAAGUAUUGUUAGGUUUAUUAGAAUUAUGUUCGGAAGCUGACAGGUUAGUCCCUAGUAUGACCUAUGGGUUACCGCUGACCCCUCAGGCAGAUUCCUGCAGGACUGCCAGGCAUGCGCUAACUCUGAUAGCUACUGCUAGACCUGCAGCUUUCGUUACCACGAUGGCCAAAGAAGUAGCGAGGUAUAACGCGAUGCAGCAGAAUGCGCAAACCUUGAACAUCAACAUGCACAACAACGUUCUACACAAGGCGAAACCGGAGAUCCUGAGGGGCGUGGAAUUGCUGAUCGAAAAAAUGCAAAACGAAAUGGCCGAACUCCUAGUCGAAUUGAUGGAUAUAAUUCUACACUGUUUGGAUCCUAGUCAACUGAAGAAUAAAGGAUUACAGGAGGUUUUCCCUGCUGUGUGUAGAUUUAAUCAAGUAUCUCAUUGUCCAGCCACAAGAAGAAUAGCCGUUGGGUCUCACACCGGUUCCCUACAGAUGUACGAGCUCCGACAAGGGAAAUGCGUGAGCAUAAGGGCGCAUUCCUCGGCUGUCACAGCCUUGGCCUUCAGUCCUGAUGGCAAGUUCUUGGUCAGUUAUGCUUGCGGUGACAAUAAACUGAGCUUUUGGCAGACGAGCACAGGCAUGUUCGGCCUGGGCCAAUCGCAAACGAAGAACAUCAAGUCGUACAGCACGGCGCCGAUAGCCGACGUGGCCCGACUGAACCCGAUGCGGCUCGCCCGCCUCAUCUGGAUCAACAACCGCACCGUCUCCCUGAUGCUGGCCGACGGGUCCGAAACGCGGUUCAACGUGUAGAGGGAGAGAUGAAGAGCGCCGUCUGGCGGGGAAAAGAAGCGGUUUUUUUCGUUCGUUGUAAGAGAGGUUUGUUUUGUUCAGCGGUCAGGGUUGUCAUUGAGGUUUCAGUUAUGGGUUCAUACAGGAGAAGGGGCAUAACGUAGGGAAUUUUAUGGUAGAAUAGGCAAGUGAACUAUUUCUAUUUCAUUUUCUAAAUAAAAUCGUCACUAUCAUAUUUCGCUUCCACAUUUUUUUAGUUUUUUUCGGUCGAUUUCAAGUUGUUAAAGUCAUCAAUAUGGCCACGGUAAUUUUCAAACGGCAAGAAAUUUACAGCAAAUAAAAACUGACGUCACGAUUUCCUAAUUAGGGGCAGACCAUAGCGCCGUUGCCAUAUUUUGAAAUAUGAAUGGUCCUUCAGAAAUAUCAUUUAUUCGAUAAUUCGUAAAUUUUCAAUUAGCUAAAAAAAUCCAUUGUCUUUUUCCCUUAUAUGUUGUGUCUUAUUACUUAUCAUGAAUUCGUGUCAAUAAUAAUUAUGUUAAUUCACACCAGAGAACAUUUGGCCCGGUAAACGUGACAACACAGGAUUAUGGGCGUUGUCUUGUCAGUUCUCAACAUCCAGCACAGCAUUGACAGCAUUCACAUGAUGUUUUGUAAUGGAAUAUAAGAAAUAUUUUGACAAGCUGGUUGAUCGAAAAUUAAUGACUAUAAUAUGGCUUCCGAUCCCUCUCUUCUCUAUGAUGAAAUGACGAAAUAAACUGUGGCUUCGUACCAUGAUCGGCAGGGCUACCCCGUAUUAUUCUUCUUACAUCAUUCACCGAAAGUAUUUGAAAAAAUCUU